CCACCCGAGAGCAGGUCCUGCAAGAAGACCUGCACGCGGAAUUGUGUCCCCAUCGGGCCCGGCAUUUGAACUGUAUUUGAACGUGUGCAUUGCUUUUUUAACCAUCUCUUCUCUCACCUUCCAGUAUGAUGUGGUGAAUUCUGCGUAGUUCUGCGCAAAUCUCCGUAACGAUCCUCGUAAACACUGAUUGAUCGAUCGAUCGCAAUAUCGUGGUGGGAACUGUGUUUACGUGCUUGUGUGGAUGUGCUGUGUUUCUUUUACAGUGUGACAGAAUAAACGCACAGUUCCAGCACGGUUUUAUGUCGCUCGGUGUUAACGGGUGCAGCCUAGCAGAGCAACCGUGAGAGCAAGCAGAGAAGUGAAACUUCAUAAUCAGCAACCCGUUCCCCAAUCAUCAUCAAUCGCAAUCAUUGCGCUCCUCUGUGGUAAGGCAACUCCAACAAACCCUGCAAACCCCCCUGCAUCCGUACCACCGCCUUUCCCAUCGCUCCCAUCGUUCCCUCAACCCCUUAGCGGCACUCCACCAUCCUUAGGACAGGGUCGACGGCACGAGCGCACCCAGCAUCACCGUCACCAAAACCACCACCACCAGCACCACUACCAUCACGACGGAUUCUACGUAGCAUACUAACACCCCCCAAAACCGUUUCAAGUUGGAAGGAAAAAUCUUCUCGGCGGUGAACAACUUUCUCACUGCAUCGACCUUCGUCAAAGACAUCAGACAACUGAUCAUGACCCGACAGACAAACAAUGACCCUACGACUGCACCGGAGGCGGGACCGAACGCGGGCAAUGAGCAGCAGCAGCAGCAGCAGUACCAUUCCCAUCGUCCCGACUCGACCAGCGGCCACAGUGGCGGCGGUCGGUCGAGUUCCCGCUCCCCGAUCGAUCCGUACCGGCAGGACAGCCUCAAUCAACCGCCCAGCGACUGCUCCAGCCUGGACGGGAACGUGUUCGUCGAGGGUGGUGCGAACGUGCCGCUGCACGGCAAACAGCGCCGCUCGCAGACGACCGAUUCGCUCACGUCCGGCACCAACAUCAGCUACAGCCUAAACAAACGCUUCAUCUCGAAGAACCAGAUGAAGGAGUUCCGGGAGGCGUUCCGGCUGUUCGACAAGGACAACGACGGUUCGAUCACGAAGGAGGAGCUCGGCACGGUGAUGCGCUCGCUCGGGCAGUUUGCCCGGGUCGAGGAGCUGCAGGAGAUGCUGCUCGAGAUUGACGUGGAUGGCGAUGGGAACGUCAGCUUCGAGGAGUUUGUCGACAUCAUGUCCAACAUGACGGACACGGUGGCGGAAACGUCGGCCGACCAGGAGGAGCGCGAGCUGCGCGAUGCGUUCCGGGUGUUCGACAAGCACAACCGGGGCUACAUUACCGCGUCCGAUCUGCGCGCGGUGCUGCAGUGUUUGGGCGAGGAUCUGGACGAGGAAGAGAUCGAGGAUAUGAUCAAGGAGGUGGACGUGGACGGUGACGGGCGGAUCGAUUUCUACGAGUUUGUGCACGCGCUCGGCGAGCCGGAAGAUUCGCAGGAAAACGAUGAGGAUGAUGAGAUCGUUUCUCAGCGCUCCCCGUCGUUCGAUGUGCAAGUUUAAGGCGCCGAGCCGAGGCAGCGUGCCAAAGGACAGGCAAAGCCAAUUUUAUCGAAAAUACUACGGCGGCAGUUUAAGCAACUUAAUCGUAUUUUCGCUUCACCAUAACAUUUGGAUAGGUGUGAAGGAACGCGCUAGCGUUCAAUGAUACUCCGCAAUUUCAAUGUUCUGCAAAGUGCACACACACACACAAUGGCGAAGAUUACGCAAAUUACACCAAACAACAACAACAACAACAAAAAACGCACUGUGCUCGCAUAUAACUUAAAAAAGCCAAAUUUUUAAAAGUCUUUUUCCAUCGUAUUUACUGUUUCACAUGAAGAAAGCAAAACCAACAAAAAAAACUAAAAAAUAAAUACAAAAAUAUACACUCGGAUAAAAAUAUAAAAAAGAAGAAAUUACCACAUACCAUUUGAUAGGAAAUAAGAAAUUAGGUGAAAAAGCAUGUUACCGCGCUAGCAAGGAAAGCACGCCACAAGAUGAUGCAAAACAGAUGUUUCGCGAACUCGAUAACACUUUUUCCGAAAUCGUUUUUCUCCUCUUGCAGCUACCGUCUGCGACCGUGUUGCUGCAAUCACUGUGUUCGCCUACUAUGAUAAAUAUGUCUGGUACUGUACACGGAGCACUAACGGAAAACAUAUCAACCGCAAGGAUGAUGUUGCUUGCGCACAACUGUAUGGGAUUGCGCAAAACGUGCUCUAUACAACACGCAAGCCGGUACCGGCGCGCGGUAAAUCUGGUAGAACUAUUUAAAUGGAAUUUAUUUGAAUCUAGCUUUUCAAGCCAUUUCUUUUCACUGGUUAAUACUGUACAUUUAUCAUUGUUGAACGAUGAGCGUGUGGUCUUAGUGUGGUUGAGUUGGGGGGCGAUUUGCGCCAACGUACACGCGAAUGCAACUAUUAGCUAAUAGGUAUGGGGACAUUAUUAAAACAUUCAUCUUGUAAGCGAUGCACUUACUUUAUAGACCAGUUAGGUUCAGUAUUUUUGGACUGUGUAUGCGAAUUUCUUAAGGCUUGUAAAACUCUCUAUGUCAUAAACAGUGGCGUGUAGCACGCGCGAAGUGCUGCAUAAAGCAAUGUUUUGCAUUUAGUCUUGAAGGGUAAAACAUUAAAAAGUUUAAUAUUGUUUCCACAGUUGCUGACGGAAAAUAAAUAAAUCAUCAAUAUUCGCAAAUCAAAACUAUACUACGAUAACAUAUUGAAAGAUGCUAUUUAACAUUGCAUUGCAAACACGCAUAAUCACGUACCAAACUUUUGAGGAAAGUCACAAACGUUCGUUACCACAUUUGCCCACGUGUACAAUCUUGAGCGUAACACUAAACAUCAAUAAAUGUUAAGGAAUUUUAUGUAUGUUUAACUA